AUGAAGGAGAGGAGGAAGGCCUGGGAGGGCUGGGAUCCUGCUGGGAUCUCCUGGGAAGAGAGGCUGGCUGACGCGGCCACUCCGCUGUGGAGGCUUCCGUACACGGAGCAGCUGCAGGUGAAGUUCCAAAGGCAGGAGAAGGCACUGCAGGUGCUGGCAUCUCGCCUGGAGGAAGCGGGCACGGACAUGCGCAAACCUGGGGGGCUCUGCUGUCCUCUGCGCCCCAUCGUCCCUUCACCCGUCAUUAAUGGCUACCGAAACAAAUCUUCCUUCUCGGUGAACCAAGGCCCAGAUGGGAACCCCAAAACCGUGGGCUUGUAUGUGGGCACUGGCAGAGCAAGGAAUAUCGUCUGUGUGAGGGCUGACCACAUGGUGAACAUACCUGCGAAACACAAACAAGUAGCCCAGCGCUACGAGCAGUUCCUGCGGCUGUCCCCGCUGGAGCCCUGCAUCCUCUUCCACCGCGGCGGGCACUGGCGGGAGCUCGUCGUUCGCACCACCGGCCGCGGUCACACCAUGGCCAUCGUCACCUUCCACCCCCAGCAGCUGGGCCAGGAGGCACUGGCUGCUCAGAAGGCAUCGCUGAAGGACUUCUUCACUAGCGGACCCGGAGCAGUCUGCGCUUUGACUUCACUUUAUUUCCAGGAGAGCACGAUGACCCGCUGUUCCCACAAGCAGUCCCCCUACCAGCUCCUUUUCGGGGAGCAGCACAUCUUUGAGGAGCUGCUCGGCCUGAAGUUUCGCAUCUCCCAGGAUGCCUUUUUCCAAGUGAACACGCGUGGAGCAGAAGUGCUGUACCAGGAGGUCGGGAAGCUGAGCCAGGCUGCUGGAGACACCGUCCUCCUCGAUGUCUGCUGUGGCACGGGCACAAUUGGUCUCUCUCUGGCUCGCCAAGUGUCCAGGGUUAUUGGGAUUGAGGUAGUGGAGAAGGCAGUGGAGGACGCCAGGUGGAACGCGGCCUUCAAUGGGAUUUCCAACUGCGAGUUUCACGCUGGGAAGGCCGAGACGGUGCUACCGCAGCUGCUGUCAGCGUGGCAGGACGAGCGGCCCCUCGUCGCGGUGGUGAACCCGUCCCGGGCUGGGCUCCAUCACAGGGUCGUGCGAGCCCUCCGAAACUGCAGGGCCAUCCGGAGGCUGCUCUACGUCUCCUGCAAGCCGGAGGGCGAAGCCAUGAGGAACUUCCUCGAGUUGUGCUGCCCACCCGAUGCCCGGAGGAAGCUGGCGGGAGAUCCCUUCGCCCCCGCGCUGGCCGUUCCCUUCGACAUGUUCCCGCACACGGAC